AUGGAUUCCAUUCUCUGCCCUGCAUGCGAAAAUAUUUUCGGCCACGACCCACAGCCUUGCAUAGAAUAUCCUCACCACUCGUCCCUCGAAGAAUUCCAACUCGCAAGGGACCAAGGAUGCCUCCUGUGUAACACUAUCUGGGAUCAGAUUCCAAAGGCGAUGGACGAAUUUCGGACGAGAUGGUCAAGGAAGACGACCUACAACACCUCCCCGCGCUCAGAGUUGAUGUUCAACAGCACGGGAACGAUGCAUGAACCGGAUGUGCUUCUUUGGGUAGAAGCGUUAAUGGGAAGCGAUGAACCGACGAUCACUCAUCAGCCAUCCGUGCAUAGCAAUUCUCCCGAGACGUGGAAGUUAAUCCGUACCUGGCUGAAGAAUUGCACAGAGAAGCACGGUACAGAAGCUCCAGUUGGGCACAGAAUCCUCCCAGACCGCAUCAUCGACGUUGGGAGUCUGGGUGACAAUGCCGUCCAUCUACGCCUGCACGGCGACCUCUCCGAAGAAGACCAAAGUUCUCGAUAUCUGACGCUCAGUCACUGCUGGGGUAAUGCCCAGGUAAUGAAAUUGACACAGGCCGGCCUCUCCUCAUUUCAAGCUGGAAUCGAGGUUUUAGCGCUCCCGAAAACAUUUCAAGACGCCGUUGAAGCAACCCGGCAACUGGGCGAGAGAUAUAUCUGGGUCGACUCACUCUGCAUUAUUCAAGACUCGGCGCCAGAUUGGAGAGACCAAUCAUCCAAAAUGGAUAAGAUAUACAUGGAUGCGUACUGCAACCUCGCAGCAACUGCAUCACCAGACUCGGUCGGCGGGCUUUUCUACUUUCGUAAUGCGGCUGCCAUUCAAUCCCUCCAAAUUCCAUGCAAGUGGGAAUUCGGGAAAGGUGUGAAGGAUCGCUAUGAAAUGAUAGAUUUCAAUCGUUUCCAACGUGGGCAAGGGUCGUUCGACGAACGCUUGCAGUCAUUACGCGAUGAACUUUAUGAACGCUAUGCGGAUGGACAAUGUCAGGUGAUGGAUUACAAUCGACUGCAAAGGGCGGUUGAGAAAGGACCGCUGAAUUCCCGGGGAUGGGUGUUCCAAGAACGCCUUCUUUCGUCAAGGGUUGUGCAUUUUGGAGCAGAGCAGAUCGUGUGGGAGUGCGAGCAUGUCAGAGCUUGUGAGACGCAUCCCGAUGUUGCCCCCAACGGGCCCGCUAGUGUUACUCUGUGGACGCACUUUCUGGAGGUUAAGAACCUUGCGGCCAAGCUGAAGGAGGUUGCAUUGAGUGGAUUGGCACAGCUCGUCCAGAAUGCAACCGGAGGUGAGUAUCUUGCGGGACUUUGGCGAAAUGAUAUCGCUCAUCAGUUGCUCUGGGAGCGUAUUGGCGCCACAGAUCUGCGUGGCAUCUCGACUUGCGAGAAGUUCGUCGCUCCCAGCUGGAGUUGGGCUUCUACGGGAUGCACGGUGAUGUGGGAUCCGUUCCAGUUAUGGGCAGAAGAUAUCCACCUCCAGUACCUAGGAUCCUCCAUCGACAUGGCCGGGUAUCAGGCUUCCCACCAACGGGAAAAGAUUCUUCUACGCCUCAAAGCACGGAUCUUCACCGUCCCAUGUACAGCCAACAAACACUUUGGACAAGCAGGGAAGGAGUUGAUUCCUGCUGACGCACCCUCGGAUUGGUUGGCAAUUGACCCUUAUCCAAAACGUCCUCCAAAGGACAAUGUGCUUGAAGUCUUCAUCAAAGGCAAGAGGUAUCCCGGUUGGCUCACAUUCGACGAUCCAGAGUACGAACAAAUUUUCUUCAAACAUCGACGGGAGUUCCCGAUCUUAUUUGGAGAAUUGAUAUUCAUGCCCGCUGCAUUUUGCAGCGUUAAAGCGUAUGGCCAGAGGUGGUAUGGGCUUGUUUUGCAAGAGUGCGAAGGAGCGAAAACGUACAAGCGGCGAGGCCGGCUAGAGAUUCAGAUCGAACAGGCGGAUGUUCUGAAGGCCCUUAAAGAUUCUGAUGAAGGGGUUCAAGAGCCUUUUGCCAUUGAUCUCAUUCCUUACUAUGUCACGAAGCUCAGUAUAGAGGCCCGGCAGGGCGAUAUCGACUUCACUGUGGGUUUCCACGGACUAGACGAUGGGAAGGAGCGCGAAAUCAUCCUUAUCUAA